GUUCGGAAAGGACGCACGUUUCAAAAACAUUUUGGUGAACAGCGACUCCCGAGUUGUGUGUUUUUUGACGGUUUUUCGCCUUUACAGCAAUAUUUGCCCUUUUUUCAGUCUAAAAAUUGUCCCGGAGAUGAGAUAACUUAUUUCAGAGCGUAUCCUCUUCCUGUGAGUGACCCAACCGUCGUUUUAUUUCCUCGGUGGACGGAACUAAAGACACAAAGAUAUGGAGCAGGUCAUUCCGACCACUCCGAGCCGGAAGGUACUCGGUACCGUGAACACGCCCACCAGCGGGCGCGUCUUCAAGCAGGCCAAGCGUCGGAGCGUGGCGUCUGCUCCAGGCAUCGUGCCUGUGCCGAAGACUCCUCUCAGAGGAGGACUCAGGUUCAACUCUACCGACACACCACAGAAGAUUUACGAGGAUGAGAACAACCCUCCGACGGUUACCAUAGCGACCAGCGCGUCUCCGGAAGAGAAGCUGGUCAAGGCACAGAAGGACCUGCAGGAAAAGGACCAGCUGAUUAUCCAGCUGCAGCAACAGCUGGCACAGCUGCAGCUGACCAGCCCUGCACGACUGCAGGGGAAACUUGCAGCAUCCCUGUCUGCAGCCCAGCAGCCGACAGUCCAAGGAUUUUUCAUUACCGUUAACCAUCCAACAACAGUAGCAUCUUUUGCUUCUCAAUUGUUGAGCUAA